AUGCACUUAACUGCCAACAAAGUAAAAACUUUCAACUCGAGUACUGGUCUUCCAAUACAUUCAGAUGUCUUUCGACAAACCAUCAAUAUAACUGAUAGUGAUACUAAACGACUAAAGAGUUUUUCUGAUAAUAUUCGUCGGAUGCAACUUAACUCUGACGCUAGAUUACAUUCGAACGCAUGCAUUGCUCUUGAUCCUAUAGAAUCGCUGGAAUCGGUUCAGUGUCUGUAUGGACGUCAACAAUUUCUCUUACUUACAUUUAAAUCUAGUGCCGAUGCCAACUUAAUUUAUAAACAAUGGAUUAAGUCAGAUGCCAAAUUUAUUAAUGGUGGUCCUGAGUGGGGUUGCCGUAAUGUGACGACGCAAGAGUUAAUAGUAAUCUUUCAGAAAAUAUCAACAUUUCGAUUAACAGAUACAAAAAUUGUAAUCGAAACUUUCAAAGAUACAAAUAUAAGUCCAUUCUUAUGUUUUGCCGAUAUUUCGAUGAACUUAACAUGGGAACAGGCAAGUGUGACAACAAAACCAUCAUCAACACCCACAUCCACAUCCAAAACAACCGUACCAGCGGCCAACUCUAGAUCACUUUUUGAUUCAUGGAGUUUCGAUGCACAGCAACCUCGUAGUGAUGAAAUAUUUUAUCCUGGGCAAAAUGUUGAUGUCAGUUGGUUAUAUUCGAAUAUUGACGGAACGACUAGUCUUACAAUUGUACUUUGCCGGAAACAAAUCUUAAUUGAUGCUGAAAUAAGUACAGUAAAUACGAAAAUCAAUUCAGUACGAUCGUCUUUUACCAUUCCCGCCAAUUUGGAAAUAUCAUCUAAUGAUCAAUAUUACUUUUCGUUUCGCUUUUCACGUUCAUUGAUACCUUAUAAAAGAACAAGUGCUCUGUUCUAUAUUCCAACACAACCAUUCAUAGCUCCAAGAACACCACCUUCUGCCAACGAAGUAUUUUAUCCAGGUGAUAUUGUACCAUUGUCAUGGCAAAGUGUAAAUUUUGCAGUGACAACUCAAAUUAUCAUACGCUUUUGUCGAGCACGAUCUAUUAUACCAGAUUCAACAUUAGCUACUUUCACAGUAUUGGCUACUACUAAUGCAUAUAACUAUACGAUUUCGUCUACCCUAGAUCGAGCUGAUAACGAUAAAUAUUACUACUUCGAGUUUGACUAUUGUAAAUCAUGGUUAUCAUUGAAUUGCAAAAAAACUACAAAUAACUUCUUUGUACCGAGCCGGCCUUAUUUACAUCCAACAUUUCCAGACAUAGGUGAUUGGUUUUCACCGUUACAAACGUUGACACUGAAGUGGGCUAGUGCUAACUUUGCUAGCACCAAUGAUCUACUGACGAUCAAGCUUCGUCGCUAUAAUUUUUUAUUGCCCGACAGUGAUGUUGACACCUUCACAUGUACAGUAAGUUCAAGUGGCUCUUGUACACGGACUUUACCAGCUGUGGACAAGUCGCUGUCCGAUUAUUAUUUCGAAUUCAAUUGGUGCAAAAAUUGGUAUUCAACAGAUUGUACAACAAAAAGUAAUCGAUUUUCGAUUCCCACGCAUACUAUUGGCUCAUGGAACUAUGAUGUACAACGCGGCCAAGCGUUAGCGUCGAAAACAGUCUAUUUGAGUUCAUGUAGUAGUUUGUGUCCAACACAUGAUGCUACAUUGUUUUAUUUAUGUCUAAUAUGCAAUCAAGGACGUUCUAUGAGUAUGCUAGUAAAUUGUACAAAUUGUUGGGCCGCCUACGAUUACAGCAUUGUACAGAUGGACUUGGUACACAAUGGAAAUUCACCUUCACUAGAUAAAAUAACAGUACGUAUGAAUUCACGUGUUUCAGUUAAUGUUGAUUUUACUGUUCGGGCUGAUUAUCAACGUAGUUUUGAUGGCUGGCUGCCUCUACCAGCUAUUCCAAUUGGACCAUCAAUCAUAAUUGCUAUCGGUUCAAUUAAAGUCGGAGUAGGAUUAUCGUUUUCUCCUUCUAUAUCCUGGAACAUAACAGUGGACACAAUGGGGAAUCUAACUGCUGGUGUAGAUUAUACAUGGCAAACGAAUUUAACAUUAGUCAAUACUCCUGGUAAUACAAGCAAAGAGUACACGCAGAGUUUGAUGCGUAAUAUUCAUCCAGUACAGGGAGACUUUCAAGCAAAUCUUCUUGUUAAUUUUACCUAUCAGCCAGAAUUGGAAUUGACGGUUGGUAUUUUCACAGUUUCAUUAGGCACUAAUGUCUAUAUUAUAUUCGAAUCUGUAUGGCAUUAUCCACCCUUUGCUGCUCUUUCAACAUCGAUUUUCGAUUGGAAUUCACAAAAAAAUGCUUCUAUCCAUCUUUCUUUUCCAUCAAACUCAUGCCUAACAAAUCAUUUCAGUCGAUAUCACACAAUGUAUGGACUUCGUGGCACACAGAUAUCUAUUGGGUUCGAUCAAGUUAGUACUCUUGUUAGUGUUUUUACUGACUUCCAAUUAUCAUGGUCGUCACAGUCCUUGUUAGAUCUUGGACCCUAUGAGUUAUCUUCAGGUUGCAUGUUUCAAGCCUGUUUAAAUACUGAUGCACCAAGAACAAUAUAUUUAGUACUUAAUAGGCCAUUUAAUGAAUUCAACGACACGCCUGAUAUAUAUUUUUCAAGGGCAGUAGUUAAUGAUUUAGCUUAUGCUCUUGAUGUAUCACUAACACGAAUUUUUUAUAAUAGUACAUUUGGCGUACAGCACGACCAAAUGACAGGAAUGGUGAUUGUAUUUUUACCAUCCGUUUCUUCCCUUAGUGAUAAUCCUAACGUAGAUUUGCUGGUUCAGCGAUUUCAAAAUCAAAUCUCUAAUACGAAAUCACUUCUCUACUCUGGUUUAGUUACAAAUUCACUCAAUUUUACACAAACAUUAAACAUGAAUAACUUCCGUGCAUUACAACGAUAA